AGCGGUGGGCCACCAGUACUCGUCCCUGGGCUCCCAGCCCAUCCUGUGCGGCUCCAUUCCUGGCCUGGUGCCCAAGCAGCUGCGAUUCUGCCGGAACUAUGUGGAGAUCAUGCCCAGUGUGGCAGAAGGGGUGAAGAUCGGCAUCCAGGAGUGCCAGCAUCAAUUCAGGGGCCGUCGUUGGAACUGUACCACCAUCAACGACAAGGCCAUCUUCGGACCAGUGCUGGACAAAGCCACGCGUGAGUCAGCAUUCGUUCAUGCCAUCGCAUCAGCUGGUGUGGCGUUCGCGGUGACACGGUCCUGUGCGGAGGGUUCGGCCACCAUCUGUGGUUGCGACACGCGACACAAGGGUCCGCCGGGCGAGGGCUGGAAGUGGGGCGGCUGCAGCGAGGACGUGGAGUUCGGCAGUAUGGUGUCCCGGGAGUUUGCAGACGCUCGUGAGAACCGGCCCGAUGCGCGCUCCGCCAUGAACCGCCACAACAACGAGGCGGGUCGAACAUCUCUGAAUGACAACAUGUUUCUGAAGUGUAAGUGCCACGGCCUGUCCGGCAGCUGUGAGGUGAAGACAUGCUGGUGGUCCCAGCCUGACUUCAGAGUGAUUGGAGACUACAUGAAGGACAAGUAUGACAGUGCUUCAGAGAUGGUGGUGGAGAAGCACAAGGAGUCCCGUGGCUGGGUGGAGACGUUGAGAAGCAAGUACAACUUCUUCAAACCACCCACGGAGCGAGACCUGGUCUACUACGAGAGCUCGCCCAACUUCUGCGAACCCAACCCAGAAACAGGCUCAUUCGGGACACGCGAUCGCACCUGUAACUUGACGUCACACGGCAUCGACGGCUGCGACCUGCUGUGUUGCGGCCGGGGACACAACACCCAGGCGGAGAAACGGAAGGAGAAGUGCCACUGUAUCUUCCACUGGUGCUGCUACGUCAGCUGCCAAGAGUGUGUUCGAGUCUACGAUGUCCACACCUGCAAAUAGAUAGAGCCUCUGGCACCACUCUUUCUGCACCUCACCCCAAUUUUUUUUUGUAAGACUUCAACAUAUAAAACAAGAAGCUACUGUACGAGUCGGGCUCAGAGGACUUGAGAGGCUUUGAUUUGACUUUGAUCAAGCGUUAACCGACUCAGCUAUAGUACAGUCAGCUAAUAGGCAAAAAAAUAUAUAGCCGCCUGUCAUGCGAUGCGGUGGAUUCAGCCCCUGUCUUAGAAUGCUGAGGUAGUUCCAGAACACAGUGGUGCGCCCAUGGAGGCUCCAUUCAGAGACAAACAACAUGAUGAUGUUGAUGUUGAUGAACACCAUGUCAUCGAUAGAGGCGAAAGAGGAGACCAUUACAGAGUGGGCUGAUUGUAGCCAAGGAGGGACUUCAAGUGAUUUCCAGAAAGGUGUUUCAAGGUAUUGGUUUCCUGACACAAGAAAAGAGAACUAGGUUUUAUACGGGCUAUAUAAACUGUGCUGUUAACAAGCACCAUAUUGGUGAAUUAUCUGUGUACUCUGUGUUGUCACCUUCAUGUAGAGCAGAACAGCACUGUCUAAACCUUUGGGACACCAUACAAUCUAUGAUGAACAUGUCAUAUUUUUCUAUUCCCACCUGA